AUGAAUUUGCAGUCAAAUGAAAAACCAACAUUUAUCAAUAAUGAUACUUCAAUCUAUUUUAAUGAUAAAAAAUCAAAUAAUUUAUUACCAUCAAAUAUUGAAUCAAGAAUUAGUCCAACAGCGAAUUAUUCUCUAGAUUUUGAUACAAUAAAUGAAUUAAUCAAUUUGCAUAAGAAGCGUAAACGCACAGAAACGAUGUAUUUGUGUAUCGUAUCUGGAAUAUUAUUCUUAAUUGGUUUGAUAGUAUUAAUCAUAGGUCUUGUUCCAUCAAGAUCUAGUACUCUUUCUAAUGACUUUCCAACAGCAUUUAUAGUAUAUCUCACUGUUGGUGGAACUCUAAUGGUUAGUAGCAUUGUGUUUGUGUUGGCGCGUUUCUUUAAUAAUUGUUGUUAUAUAAAACAACAAUUUGAGGAUGUAGAUUUUAGCGUUAAUGAACAGCAGCCAAUUUUAUGGCGAUUGGAUCGCGAACAAUGGGUACGAUAUUUGAAUUAUAUACAUGGUCCAAAUCGAAUAUGGACAGAAAGGAGUUCAUCAUCAUCAUCAUCAUCUUUCUGUUGCCGACGUUCAACUUAUGAGCGAUUGAUGAAUCGUCAAUAUGGUCAUAUUAUUUUACAUGAAAAAGGUUUAAUAAUUGACGAAUUAUAUUUUGUUUCAUUUCGAGAUUACACAUUACAAGAUGUAAAAAUACUCUAUAUCGACCAAAAUUCAAAAACAAUAGGUUUAAGAAUACAUACUUAUUUUCAAGAUGGAAAAUAUAAUCACUAUUGCUAUUAUGAUUUAUUUGCACCAUCAUCAGUUUCAUUGGAACAAAUACAAGCACUCGCUCGAGCAUACAUUAUUAAAAUAUCUGGAAUUAGUACACUCGAUUUACCCUUCGAAAUAAUUCAUCUUCCUGAAUGA